AUGAGGAUGCCAAGUGAGCCAACCGAAAUGACGGCUCUGGUGAUUAACACUACAUCUAUAUCCGUCGAAUGGAAGCCUCCCAUGAAAGACAAAAACCAUGAUUUCAUUGUGGGAUAUCAGAUAUACCUCAGUGAGGAAAAUAGUAGCGAGAAGCUUUCGGUGAAACCACACUCCCACAGCAUUAUGAAUGAAUCUUCAUGGACUUAUACUGUCACGGAUCUCCAACCGAAUUCGACGUAUCAAGUUGAAGUGGCCGCCAAGACAAGUAAAGGUACAGGUAGGCGGAGUAGCCCCAUCAUCGUGAAUACCCUUGGAGGAGUUCCUUCAAGUCCCACACUCCAGAUAAGGCUUUCAGCAGAGGAGUAUCCUACCGUCACCAUUAACGCAACAUGGACCAAUCCCUCCCAUACCUUUGGGGAAAUUCAGGCGUGGCGCUUGCGUUACCGGAAACGACCCAACUUCUGUGGGAAUUCCUCACAAAAUGAAACAGAGCAGCUGGAUAUGAAGGAGUUCAUAUUGAACGACUUCGAAAAGAAUGAAUAUACUAUGCACGACCUUGAGAAAGGCUUCAGAUAUGAGUUCCGAUUGGCUGGCCGCAACGGUGUUGGUUAUGGUCAGGAGGGAUUUGCUUAUAUGACAACACCUGAAGGACCUCCUACUGGAACCCCUACAAAAAUAUCCUUCCGUUUCAUCACUUCAGACUCCGUCCUACUCACCUGGGAUGUUCCAGAGGCCUCUCAUUGCAAUGGACGUAUUCUUGGCUACACUGUGAAGUUCCACAAGAAGUUGAAUGAUGACCUCUAG